CAGUUCCAUUUGAGUCACGCUUCAUGAAUGCUCUCUAGGCGCGCGCGCACGUCAACCUCCGUUUAUAAAUAUUCACGCUAAACUCCACCCGACUCCACCCAUGGAAACUCAGAAUCUCAGAAACCGUAUAUCUGGUAACACCGGUAGGCGCGUUAUAUAAGUGAACCUGCGCUUUUCUACAGUACACCAUCCAUCAUACUUCCACGCACAUACGCUGGGGUUUUCAGCCUUCGAACGAAAUGGCUAAACAAGUUGCUGUUGUCACCGGCGCGAACAAGGGUAUUGGACUCGCAAUCGUGCAGGGGUUGUGCAAAGCUGGCUAUGCUGGAGAUAUCAUACUCACUGCGCGUAACGAGAAACUCGGACAGGAGACGUUGCAAAAACUGAAGUCCGAGGGAUUCAACAAAGUGCUCUUUCACCGUCUUGAUAUCUGCGACCAAACUAGUGCCGAAGGACUCCGGAAAUUCCUAGAUAAGAAUUACGGCGGUUUGGAUGUCUUGAUCAACAAUGCUGGGAUUGCAUUCAAAGCGGAUGCCACGGAGCCGUUCGGAGAGCAGGCGGAGGUCACCAUGCGCACCAACUUCUGGGGCACCCUGUGGGCGAGCAAGGCCCUGCUGCCGCUGCUCCGGCCCAACGCACGAGUGGUCAACAUCUCCAGCUUCGUCAGCAAGCGCGCUCUGGACAAGUGCAGCCCAGAGUUACAGGCAAAGUUCCGCAGUGCAGAUAUCUCAGAGGAGGAGCUGUGUGGACUUAUGGGAGAGUUUGUGGUGGCAGCUCAGAAUGGAAACCAUGAGGCCAAAGGAUGGCCAAACACUGCCUAUGGGGCCACUAAGGUUGGCGUAACGGUGCUGUCCCGUAUCCAGGCGCGUGUUCUGGCCCAGACGCGGGCGGCUGAUGGGAUCCUGCUGAACGCCUGCUGUCCUGGCUGGGUGCGCACAGACAUGGCCGGCCCCAAGGCCCCCAAGAGCCCCGAGGAGGGGGCCGAGACGCCCGUCUACCUGGCCAUGCUUCCCCCAGGAGCCACCGCACCCCACGGACAGCUGGUGUGGGACAAAACGGUGCAGGAGUGGUGAAGGCACAGGGAGGCCAUGCAGCACAAAUACUGACCAAUAACUCCGCCAUGUAGCACAAAUACUGACCAAUAACUCCGCCAUGUAGCACAAAUACUGACCAUUAACUCUGCCAAUCAUCUAGACUCAUGUGUGUUUCUAGUGUGCAAGUCUUCUCCAUCAUGCUAAAACAAACAUGGCAGUCUUAGAAUUGAUAGUACAGUAUGCCAAAUGGCAUGCAUUUUGGUCUCAAAAUAAUCAAAUUAUCGGUAGUAAAGUUAUGAUAAUAAAAAUCUUUCAGAAAUUAUAGUACCAUUGAAUAAAUGAGUAAGCAUGGAUUGAACUGUAUCAUUGAAUAAAUGAGAUUUGGAGGUUUGAACAGUA